AUGGAGGUGGGGAAGGCGGCGGGCGCGGCGACGGCGGCGCUCGCGGCGGCGCAGCUGGCGCUGGGGGCGACGCGCGUCGAACGGUUGGCGAUCGCGGUGCCGCUGUUCUUCGCGCUCGGGUUCGUGGGAAGCGCGAAGACGGGGUUGUGA